GAGUGAACAGCUGAGACCAGACUGACUGAAGAGGCACACGAGUUGCCUGAUCUGUUGAGAUCGUCUGGAAAAGACUAUUGGCUGUAGGACAUUAAAUAAAACCAUGCGAACUGUGCACCGACAACAGAGCAACAAAACCUUUGGAUAUUUAGACUGAUUUAUGAGAAUUUCUAGUGCGAGCGAAGACGUUAUAUAACAGGAAGACAACGUCAGCCGCUGUAGCUUACUCACUGGCCAGUGUGAGUCAUUGAUAAAUGUGCAGGCAUUCUUAGCACAACUGCAUGAAUGGGUGGAAGUGGAGCGCGUCUGUACUCGAUUCCACAACGAAAGACCGCGGAUUAAAACGACCCUCGUCGAUUUAAGUCGAAUCAACGUAAUAUCAAGGACUCUGAGAUUUUUGACCGAUUCGAAUCAAGUUAUUAUAUUAUUGAGAUUCACAGUGAUUGCACCGCGAUUGCUUUAAUGUCCCUGUCCUCGUAGACAGAACAAACUGCGGCCUCUUGCUCUGCACACCGAACACCGUUUUCCCAAAAGGUGUACGGUAGGGUCUAUUUACUAAUGCUUGAUAAGUUCAAACCCGUUCAGUUCGAUUCGGUAAUGGCGAUCAGUAAGACAGUGGAGUGGCUGAGGGAGCAGCUCGAGACGCGCAAGGACUGCUUGCUGGUCAUGGACUGUCGGGCGCAGGAACUCUACGAGUCUUCGCAUGUUGAAACUGCUAUUAAUGUGGCGAUUCCGAGCCUCAUGCUCCGACGGUUGAAAAAGGGCAACCUGCCGAUCAAGUCUCUCCUCGCUAAUGGUGAGGAUCGGGAGAAAUUUGCGCGGAGAUGCAAAACCGAUACCAUUGUUUUGUACGACGAAUAUAGCAGAGAAUGGAACGAAAAUGUCGACGGCGGAUCCGUGCUCGGUUUACUGUUGAGAAGAAUGAAAGACGAAGGCUAUAAAGCUUUCUACUUAGAAGGUGGAUUCAGUAAAUUCCAAGCCGAGUUCCCUGCGUUGUGCGAAACGAACCUCGACGGCUCGUCAAGCAGCAGCUCACCUACUGCCCAGGUCUUGGGACUCGGCGGGCUACGAAUAAGUUCCGACUCGUCGGACAUCGAGUCAGAUAUCGACCGAGACCCCAGUAGCGCUACUGACUCCGACGGCAGCCCCCUUUCCAACCCACAACCUUCCUUCCCAGUAGAGAUCUUGCCGCAUCUUUACCUCGGCUGCGCCAAGGACUCGACAAACUUGGACAUUCUGGAAGAGUUCGGCAUCAAGUACAUACUGAACGUAACUCCUAAUCUUCCCAAUCUCUUCGAGAACGCUGGAGAAUUUAAGUACAAGCAGAUUCCAAUCUCGGAUCACUGGAGCCAGAACCUAUCGCAGUUCUUCCCCGAGGCCAUCAGCUUCAUUGAUGAAGCUCGUGGUCAGAAGUGUGGGGUCCUGGUCCACUGUUUGGCCGGAAUCAGUCGCUCGGUUACCGUGACAGUGGCCUACCUCAUGCAGAAGCUCAACCUCUCAAUGAAUGAUGCCUACGACAUCGUCAAGAUGAAAAAGUCAAACAUCUCUCCCAACUUCAACUUUAUGGGGCAGCUACUGGACUUUGAACGCACCCUGGGGCUGAAGAGCCCGUGCGACAAUCGGGUCGCGGCGCCGUCCCAGCCUCUUUACUUCACCACCCCCACCAACCACAACGUCUUUCAACUGGACCCGCUGGAGUCAACGUGAGACCCUGUUCUCAUGCCCCCUUCUGGCCUGGAAACAUUCAACUCUUGAAACAUGGUUUCUCUUUUUUUCUCCCCCUCUGUCACCUGUUGAGGGGUUCUUGAUGUUAUCGACACAGUUGGCUUAAGAUGACAGCUGCCAAGCGUGGUCAUUGACGAAGGGGCAUGUGGUUUGCCCAUAACUUGGAUGCACCUGUUGCAUAAAGGGGGAGAGAGAGGAAAAGAGGGGACAUUACCUAUGACUCUGUAUCUCGAUUGGACUCAAUGAGGUAGCUCUUUAUUUUUAUCCAAGCAUGGGAAGACUAUCAAAUGACAUACUUUAAUGUGAAUCGUCAAACAGAGAGCGGCCAGCGUGCCAAAGAGACACAAACGGAACUGGACAAUUAUAAAUGUACUCUUUUUUUUUUUUUUUUUUCUUUUUUAAUCUUAGCACUUGCACCUUCACAUUGUUUUGGGUGUGCUCCCUUUGUCUUCAAUGAAGACCCCGCCUAGUUUUGGGACAGAACAUCUUCGGUAAUGAUGGCACAGUAUGGUGUACUCCAUUUUGUUUGUGUGGAGUAAUUUUCAAACAUUUAUACAUCUGUAUAUGAAAGACUUAUGCAUAAGCCUUGCUCUAGUCAAAAUAUACCUGUUGUAAUCAAGCAGGUGCUGAACCUCUCUUCUU